GUUAUGGUCGUCGUCUUCGUCUUCUUCGCGACUGAGAAAGAGAGAAGCCCAGACUGGGCGGAAAAUUCUUCGUCCUGACCAUCGCGAAGAAUCGACAAGGCUGACGCUUUUCUUCUAGGUUGUCCUUUCUUCGUUUCGACGGGUUCAGAAUAGAGAUUAGAGAUGAUGGGUUUCGCGAUUUCGGAUGAAUUUCUGGGGACAUUUGUGCCGAUUCUGGUGUAUUGGGUUUAUUCGGGGUUUUAUGUUUGCUUAGGAUCGGUAGAUAGGUACAGGUUGCACUCGAGAAUUGAUGAGGCCGAGAAGAAUCUCGUCUCCAAAUAUACCGUCGUCAAGGGCGUGCUUCUUCAACAGACCGUACAAGCCAUCGUUUCGGUGCUUUUGUUCAAGAUUACAGGAAGUGAUACUGAUGCUUCAAAUUCGCAAGGCUCUUCUCUUCUUCUUCUGGCCCGGCAGUUUAUUAUCGCGAUGUUGGUCCUUGAUACAUGGCAAUACUUCAUACAUCGCUAUAUGCACCACAACAAGUUCUUGUACAAGCACAUCCACUCACAACACCACCGCCUUGUUGUGCCCUAUGCAUUUGGAGCUCUAUACAACCACCCACUAGAAGGGCUUCUCUUGGACACCAUUGGUGGUGCCUUGUCUUUCCUCUUCUCUGCUAUGUCCCCAAGAACCGCUAUCUUUUUCUUCUCCUUUGCUACGAUCAAGACGGUUGAUGAUCACUGCGGGCUUUGGCUGCCGGGAAAUCCCUUUCACAUCUUCUUCAGUAACAACACUGCUUACCAUGAUGUUCACCACCAACUCUAUGGAACCAAAUACAACUUCUCUCAGCCAUUUUUCGUCAUGUGGGAUAGAAUUCUUGGUACCCACUUGUCUUAUUCACUUGUGGGGAGAGUUGGUGGAGGCUUUGAAACACGGCCGACCAAAGAAUGCAAAGAUGAGUAACUUUUGCUUUCUUAACUCUAUCGAGUUACUUUCGCUAUUGCACGUUAGAGAGAUAUAACAGUUCCCAAUGUGAAUUGUAUAUACACUUCCUGUUUCUGUGUUUAAGAUGGGCAUAUAUAUACUCGUGUACAAGCUGACGCUGCUUUGCCCUUUUGGAGUAUAUUCAUUUUGUACCACUGUGUAAUUGCUAUAACUCAGAUUUUCUAUCUGUAUUAUUUAUCUGCUUAUAAAAUUCAGAUUGAGACCUUGAAAAGUCUCAUCCAUCUCCUUUAUUAGGAACCGA